AGGCCUUUUCCCCUUAGCGUUGGCUCCUUGGUAGCAUUUGACACUUUCUAAGGGGAGUGUGUAAUGAUCUAUAUAACGUUUUAAAGUUAUUCCAAGGACAUUUUAUUUUAUAAUUAUUCUGUCUGGGAGUCUUAAAAAUCAUCCGAAGUCAUGUCUAUGUAUCAGGUAAAGCCCAUCACCGGGAGUGACAUAAACGUUGAUUUGCCGACGUGCAUGUACAAGUUACCGAACCUCCAUGCACAGCCUGGCAGUGGCAGCUGCAUCGACAAUGUGCUACAGAAUGGCGAGGUAGACCCAGCCCUGAAGGCUCUGGAGCAGCGUCAGGAUGAUAUCUUGCGCAGACUCUACGAGUUGAAGGCAGCAGUAGACGGACUGGCUAAGACUGUGACCACCCCUGAUGCAGACCUUGAUGCAACAUCUCUCUCAUCGGCUGCCAUGAUGUCUGCGCCUAAAGAAGUGGCACACCUGGACUCAUUAUUGGGAAAGGACCUGGGUGCUCUGCGAGACAUCGUGGUCAAUGCCAAUCCGUCCAGCCCUCCACUGAGCCUGCUGGUACUCCACGGGCUCCUGUGCCAGCGGUACCGCGUGCUGUCCACUGUCCAUGUCCACUCCUCUGUCUCCUCGGUCCCGCCGAAGCUGCUAAACUGCCUGGGGCCACGCCACGCCGACAGCUACACACGCCAGCGCUUCCAGCUGGGCUUCACCCUCAUAUGGAAAGAUGUGCCCAGACUCCAGAUGAAGUUCAGUGUGCCCAACAUGUGCCCCAUCGAGGGCCAGGGCAACGUGGCGCGCUUCCUGUCUCGCCUGGUGGGUCUGGAGCCCCACGACCCGGCGGCCGCCACGAUGUCCGACAGUUGGGUGGACACGGCCUUCUUCCAGCUGGCUGAGGGCAGUGGCAAGGAGCAGGCGGCUGUGCUUCGGGCGCUCAACGCUGCGCUGGGCCGCGGGCCCUGGCUGGCGGCAGAGCUCUCACUGGCCGACGUUGUGUGCGCCUGCUGCCUCCUGCAGACGGGCACCAGUGCCGCCUCGGCCCCCGCCAAUGUCCAGCGCUGGCUCAAGGGGUGCCAGAACCUAGGCCACUUGUCCUGCAUCACCCCACUGCUGUAGUUAUGGUCUCGGGAGGUGUGUAGAUUGUAAAAGGCAUCUUUUAUAAUCUAGUAUAAGGCCUUUAUACACCCUACAUAACUUGGUCAUAAGACUGUAUCUUUUGCUCACAUGUCUACUGUGUUUGACAUCAUGGUUAAUGAUGUUCGUAUGACCGGAGAACUACAAAAGGAAUUAUUUCAUUGAACUCACUACUGUUGACAUUGUUUUUUUACUUUGUUGUGAAGUAGGGUUUAUAAAGGCCUUAUAUAGCUCUUAUGAGGCAGCCCUAAAGAAGUGGACCUUUAGACAGAUACUAUGAAACCCUGAUAACGAGGAGAGCUAUACAAUGCUGUACACACACAUCUUCCCUUUCCACCUUGUGCCUAAUAUGAUGUUGUACUAGAUGUGUGAGCUGCAUUGCUAACAGGUAAAUACAUUUUUAACACAUUUGUAAAUGUGAAGUACUGGACCUACUGAUGUCUACAAGCAGUAUGACAACAUUGGAGACUUACUUUGUGUUUCUGUUGUGUAUUAAAUUUUCCACUUUGGGUCAUA